AUGCACUAUGGAAAGAUUUUUACGCUGUUGCUGUUUACACUUUGUGAAAGAGGAUUUUGUAUCGUGGUCCGUAUUGAUAACUGCAACACGUCAAAAUCCUACGUGAACCAUUCUCUUCCAGAUCGGCCCGAAUUUUAUCGCAGUAUACAUUUACAGAAAGUACAUUUAGUUGGAGAAAGUUUUGGAACAGUUGUGUUUUGUUUGAUUCAUGAAAUUUAUAUGCAACUAAAGUAUUUGGAGACCAGAUUACCACAGCCAAUGGAUGACUUCUUUUGCUCUAGGCCUUGUAAACGGAGCAAAUCAGAGGGGACAAAGAGGGAAAAAAAUUCAUUUUCGGUAAAUGCGAAACAUCAAAUGGACUGGUUUAACCAUGGUGCAGCUAACUUGAAGAUUCUCAAAUUACUGCUUCACAGUUUUGUGGAAUAUCAAGAGCAGCGUCCUUUGAUAUAAAGAUGCUGGGAAUUAUUACAUGUAUACUCAAAAAAAAAACUCGGAUAAAGACAGACCUCAAGGAAAUUUUAAAAUGACUGAAUGGUUGCUUUGAUUACUUUUGUAAAUGAU